AGGUUCUCUCGACCUUUCGAACAGGUGCGCGAUGCACGUGGAGUCGAGGAGAGAGAGAUAGAGAGCAGCAGCAUCACCUGUCGGCGAUUAUUUGCAAGAUGGCAGCUUCUGUCAAAAGUAUACUGUUGCACUGACAGGAGCGAACAGUCGCGGGCUAUGUGUAUCGCAUAAAGUACGUGUCAGAGGUGCAAAUAGAUUGUACAACCCCACGGAUAGUUGUAAAUGGAACUAUAAAUAUAAGAAUGUUGCAACGAAAGUAGAAAAAUCUGGAGCUAUCUUUGAUGCAAGUAUGGAAAAGAGAGGCAGCGCAGAACUUCUCAGUGCGGAGCAAAGUAAUUCAAAGAAUGCCAGUUCAGAUUCCCUCAACUCGGACAGCAAGAGCAGCUCGCUUAAUUCGAAAAUGGGCCAAGAAUCGGAGAGUUGGGAAAAAGCAUCGCAUUCAAAAAGUUUUUCCUCAAGCUCUACUUCAACAGAUAAUAAUAUAGUCUCUGCUCUGGAGGCUAAAAAAGAUAAUCAAGUAAAAAAUUUGUCUGGAGGGGACACGGGACCACCACUCCUGAAUGGAGAGCGGAUGCAAGGCAUUCCGCACGAAGUCACAUAUUUGUGUCCUUACUCGGGACCUGCCAGGGGGAUUCUUAGUGUUACAAACUACAAGCUCCAUUUUCGUAGUAUAGAUCGAGAAACGCCUUACAUUGUUGAAGUGCCGUUGGGCGUCGUUAGCCGAAUUGAAAAAGUUGGCGGUGCGUCGAGUAGAGGAGAGAAUUCUUACGGAAUCGAAGUAUUUUGUAAAGACAUGAGGAAUCUCAGAUUUGCACACAAGCAGGAAAAUCAUUCUAGACGAGAUGUGUUUGAAAAGCUACAACAGUAUUCUUUUCCUUUAUCUCACAAGCUACCUUUGUUCGCCUUUGAAUACUCUGAGACGUUCUCUGAAAAUGGUUGGAAUGUUUACGAGCCUAUUGCAGAGCUGAAGAGAAUGGGUGUAAAUAAUGAUAUGUGGAAAAUAUCCAAAAUCAACGACACAUAUUCGCUGUGCGAUAGUUAUCCAGCUGUUUGGGCAGUGCCUGCCGCAGCGAUUGAUGAGGAUCUUCAAGCAUCCGCGUCUUUUAGAAGUAGAGGAAGAUUGCCGGUCCUCUCGUGGAUCCAUCCGGAAAGCCAAGCGACGAUAACUCGUUGCGCGCAGCCACUGGUAGGCGUCGGUGGCAAACGGAGUCGCGAGGACGAGAGGUACGUCCAGCUGAUAAUGGACGCUAACGCACAAAGUCACAAACUCUUCAUUAUGGACGCGCGGCCGAUGCCGAACGCGAUAGCGAACAAGGCGAAAGGCGGCGGAUACGAAAGCGAAGACGCUUAUCAGAACGCGGAAUUGGUCUUUCUUGAUAUUCAUAAUAUACACGUCAUGAGAGAAAGUCUCAGAAAAUUAAAAGAAUUAUGUUUCCCCACAAUCGAUGAAGCUCGAUGGUUAUCGGGCAUAGAAUCGACAAUGUGGCUCAAACAUAUCAAAUGUGUUCUUGCUGGGGCUGUAAGAAUUGUGGAUAAAGUUGAGAAUCACAAGACUUCUGUUUUGGUUCACUGUUCCGACGGUUGGGAUCGAACAGCACAGCUUACAGCUCUCGCAAUGCUAAUGUUAGAUCCAUAUUAUAGAACGGUCAAGGGAUUCGAAGUUCUAAUAGAAAAGGAGUGGCUUAGUUUUGGGCACAAAUUUCAACAGAGAAUAGGCCAUGGAGAUGAACAUCACAGCGAUGCAGAUAGAUCACCAGUAUUUCUACAAUUUAUUGAUUGCGUCUGGCAAAUAACGCGGCAAUUCCCCAACGCUUUUGAAUUCAACGAACAUUUCCUAAUUACCAUUGUCGAUCAUCUCUAUUCUUGCAGAUUCGGCACGUUCUUAUUCAGCAGGUAUACUAUAUUAUAUAGAUUUGUCUCACAUUUUUUUUCGGGAGUCACAUCAUUACCAAUUUACAGUGAACGCGAAAGAGUACAAGAGCAAGUGAAGCAAAGAACAGUUUCUCUCUGGUCGUAUACCAACAGUCAAUUACCUCUCUAUCUGAAUCCUCUUUAUCGGUCUGGCACGAAUUAUCAGGUUGUCCUAAUGCCAGUCGCCAGUAUGCGGUACAUCAAACCGUGGAAGAGUCUAUACUGCAGAUGGAACCCCAGCAUGCGGCAGCAGGAUCCGGUCUAUCAAAGAACAAGGGAACUUCUAGUCUUAAAAGAGCAACUCGAAAAGCAGUUGGAAGAAGGCAGGCGCGAACAAGCUUCUCGAGCGAAUCGGUCUGUGACUUCGCCGGCGCCACCCAGAAUACAUUCCCCGGUUCACACAUAGCGCCGCUGGGAACUUGGAUCGUCUGAUAAUAUUUGUAGUUUUGUAAAUGAGCUGUAAACUCUUGAUCUACUUUGAUUCUACUUAUACUUGAGCCAGUAUAAGAUAUUUUGACUGAUUCCGUUUGUGGAUGCUAUGUACAAUACGCCCACACUCCAUAAAGAUAAAUCUAGACUCGUAUGCGCA